CAGCAGAACAAAUAAACACGUUCCCGGCGGAGGAAUGAAGACCGGCUCUCAUCUCAGCACAUCCAGCUUUGCUCCAUCCGCCGGCGGGACGGCAAAGUCUCAUGGCGAGAGCAGCCCGUCUCCAGCACUCCGACAUCAUUUCCACUCUGGAGCGCAUGAAUCUGACUGCAGGGCCGCCGCUGCCGUUGCUGAGGACUUCAUAGAGGGAACUCACGCUCGUGCGGAUCUCCGCCUGUGCGAGAAACUGGGCUGGACUGUCUGAUGCCAAGGGGGAGUAGUGUGGUUCCGGCCAGGUUGAGCGGGGCAGAAGUUUUCUAUUUGACUGAGAUUUUCGCGUGUCGGCUGGGGGUGAGGGAGGCGAUGAUGAUGAUGAUGGUUGAACUGUUCCAGCCUCUGGGCAACCCUCUUCAGCUCCCUUUCGACCAAGCGGGCCAAGCCUUGCUGGUCCUGUCUAAAGCUACGAAAACAAAGAUCAGUCGAUGAUUGCAAUCAAAAUCAUGGCUGUCGGAUCUCACUGCCAAACACAGAUUGCAUCAAACUGAACAACACGGAAGACAAUACACACUGCGGCGCCGGGCCCAUUCACGGACACAAUGGAACCCACGCUAAAAGGGCGACAAGAGUUUCUUUUUAGGACCGCUAGACACUCGAGCUUGGGCUGUAAAUUGGUGCCACAAUUCUUAUUUAAAUUGCUGAAUGUGUGCAUACACUUAGUAUAUUAAAAUGAUUAUAGUCAAUACUCAUCCAAUCAACCAAGGUAAAUGAUGUAGGAAUAGAAACUUUUAUUUCAGGGCUUACAUCGAUGGUAAAUAAAGUGAGUAAACCGGCAUUAAAAAGCAUUAAGGCAGAUUUAUUCCCAAUUUUAACGAUAAUAAAUUGUCUUAUUCAAUACCAUAAUACCCCUCCAAAGUAUUUGACAUCAUUUAAAAAAAAAUGCUGGGAUCGAUUAAUAGCAUUUUUAUUCAUUUGAGUGAGGAAAGAUGAGUUGAGAUACAAGUGUGCUCACGGAAUGAGAUUCUUAUCUUAAGGCACCUCUUAAAUAGUGCAACAAAAAAAACUGUUACAUACUUUAAUUAUAGUGUAAAUCAGGGGUUACAAAAAAUACUAAUUUUUCUCGCGGGCCACAUUGUUGUUCCGGUUUUCCUCAGAGGGCCGUUAUGACUGUGGAACAAAAAACAUUUCAUCAUCAAUGUAUAAACUAGUUUUGGAAUCAGAAAUCAAGGGUAAUGUGUUUUACAACUAUUCACGUUUGGUAUCACAAAAAUGCUUGUAAUAUCUCAACUUUAUCAUUUAUGAUGUAUGACAAUUUGAAAUUUUGGUCCAGAUUUUUACAAGAAUCAUGGAAGUUGGCACUCUGGAUAUGGGCUUGCGGGCCACAUAAAGUCAUGUGGCGGGCUAGAUCUGACCCCGGGCCUUGAGUUUGACACCUGUGGUGUAAAUCCUUUUCAAUGGGGAACAGCUGGGUAAAGCGUUCGCCUCACAGUUCUGACGGCCUGCGUUCGAUCCCGGCCAAGCCUGUGUGGAGUUUGCAUAUUCUCCCCGUGCCCGUGUGGGUUUUCUCCGGGCACUCCGGUUUCCUCCCACAUCCCAAAAACAUGCAACCUUAAUUGGAGAAUCUAAAUUGCCCCAAGGUGUGAUGAUGUUGUUUUGGGUCGCGACGUCGAACAACCUAAAUCCAACGUAAAUUCCCCCAUUGAAUUUUUACGUUGUCAAAUAACGUUGUUUCAACGGUGAGUCCUCGUGGAUGUCGCAACUAACGUGAUGUUGUCAGUUACUGUCUGAAAACAUUCCCAUGAUGCACUGCAUGUGAUGCUGCCAUUCCUAGUUUUCAAAUCCCCAGCAAUCGCUCAUUGUGAUUUACAAUUUUGAUCGUAAUUAAUCCGUCUAAACUAUCAGUCCGUCCGUCCGGGCCGUGAGCUCCAACAGUGACCGCUAGUUUCAGUUCACGUCAGCCGUACAUUCUCUGCCCGAGCAACAUACUUUAAGAAAAAAGUUAUUCGUUCUAAAUGUUAAACAUACAUGUAUUACUGUGGGCUGUGUAACCUAAUUGUUUGUCAUUGUUUGUAGUUUGACACUGCGUAAUAAAGUUUUCAAUCUCUAAUGUUUUAAUGGUUCAAUUUCCAUGUGGCAUGGCUACGUUGAUUUUAUGUUGGAUUGUCACGUCGAUGCAAUUUACGAAUAUAAUGUAAAAGCAAUGUCGUUUCAGCCUUGUAAGACAACAUUGAUUCUAGGUUAAAUUGUGACGUCGUCGCAAUUGAGAAAGAAAAUGUUCAAACAACAAAUUUUCGACGUUGGACCUUGACGUUGUUUCCACGUAAAAUCCACGUCUGGUGCCUGCUGGGAUGAUGCAAAAAUGUCAACAGCACAAUGAAGAGGGCUGUGUAAAUGCCAAACUUCAUUCAAUCGGGACAUUUAUUGGCCGUUUGUUGGAUCAAAUGCUUGUUGUGAAUUAUGAGUUCCAGUUACUUGUUAAGAGCACAUCAAUUUGUAAAAAAAAAAAAAAAAAAAUAGAUAUGAGCAUGACGCAGUAAGCCUUGACCUACAUUUUUUUAAAAAGAGUGAUUUGUCUCCCUCUAGUGGAAAUUUUGAUAAACCACACUAUAAGUGAGCCUUCGGUUUACAGCGCUAACCCAUUGCAGUAUCCAACUGGAUAUAAUAAUAAUAAAAUAAUAAUAAUAAUAAAGCAAGCAGAAGACGUCCACUUCAGUGCCGCUUCUCGGCUUCAGCAUCCGUAUGACGUCGCGGCGCGUCUUUCUCUAACACGCCGAGGUCCACCGUCAUGGAGGUGAACCGGGAUGAGGCCGAACGCUGCAUCGACAUCGCCGCCGCGGCGCUGGCCGGCGAGGAGCCGGACAAGGCCAGGAGGUUCCUGGAGAAGGCCCAGAGGCUCUUCCCCACCGAGAAGGCGAGGGUGCUGCUGGAGCUCAUCACCAAGAACGGCUUCACGCCCAGGCAAGGCCCACACGCGGACUUGAAUGGAGACUCAGGACCUCGACUGCGACAGAACCAAAGUGACCAAAGCGAACCUGAAGACAAACCCGCAUAUACCUCAAAGUCCCACACAGCAGACCAAGCGGACCCUGUGCGAAGGAUCAAGCAAUGUAAAGACUUCUACGAGAUCCUCGGCGUGCAGAAGGAUGCGUCCGAGGACGAACUCAAAAGAUCUUACCGCAAGCUGGCGUUAAAAUUCCACCCGGAUAAGAAUCACGCUCCCGGUGCCACGGAGGCGUUCAAAGCUAUCGGGAACGCGUACGGCGUGCUGAGCAACGCCAACAAAAGACGCCAGUACGACGCGUGCGGCGAGGAGAGGCGGCAUCCCUCCCGACAGGCGGACGGGAACUUUGACGCGGACAUUUCGCCCGAGGACCUCUUCAACAUGUUCUUCGGAGGAGGACCCCCGGCGAGCGGCCACCAGGCGCACACAAAUGGGAGGAUGCGUCAGCAGCAGAGAGCGCCGAGGCGAGAGCGACCCCGGGAUGGGGGUCUCGCCCUCUUCGUGCAGGUCAUGCCCAUCCUCAUCCUGGUCAUCGUGUCGGCCCUCAGCCAGAUCAUGGUCAAAAGCUCCGCCUACAGCCUCAGCUAUCGCCCGUCGGCGGGCCACACGCAGAAGAGGCUGACGGAGAACCUGAAGGUGGCGUACUACGUGGCCGAGCACUUCUCCAAAGACGUCACCGACGGGAAUCUGAAGCGCUUGGAGCAGACGGUGGAGGACGAUUACGUCUCCAACCUGCGCAACAACUGCUGGAAGGAGAAACAGCAAAAAGAAGGCAUGUUGUACCGAGCGCGCUACUUCGGUGACACGGAUCUGUACCAGCGGGCGCAGAGGGCCCGCACGCCGAGCUGCGCCAAGCUCUCCGAGAUUAGCGCCUCGCUACACGGCUGAGCCCGGGUCGCCUCCCUCCUGUCGCGCUGCUAACCCGCCUGUAAAUAGACGAGCUUACAUCCCGAAGACAACUUGACACGCAAACACGACAAAGCAGCUCCCGCUAAACUGCCCCGGCGUGACGAAGCAAUGGGAUGAGGGUAAGGAUGAGCUGCGAGGCGCCAGAUUGCGUUCCGGGAGCCUGCGGCAGCGGACUUCGCUUCGUUUUCGGGGUCGGGGGGACGGGCGAGAGUUUGGGCCGUCGGGCUUCGGUUGCACCUUAUGAAGUUGCCCUUUGAAUCUAUGCAGAAAUCACGUGCAAAAACACAACCACGCCUCGCCCGUAACCUCAUCGAUGUCACGUCCGCGGUGUUGUGCACAAGUCUUGUGAAAAUGAACAUACACACCUGGAUUGGAGGUGGAUUUUCAAUUGAUCGUAGAUCGUAAAAUAGAGCCCUAACCUUUAGCCAGUGGUGCCUCCUAGCUUGAAAGGGGGCCCCCCGCGCUAGCCCGCCAUUUCGCACCCCACCACCGCCAUGCAUACGCACUUUCUUCUCGCAUCUGUUCGACAGAAGGCGAUUCCACACGGGGGGUGCGAAUUCCCCAUACAAACGCCGACGAUUAACGGCCUCACGAUUGCCGAUCGGGGAAAAACAACGCGGGAUUUUUUUUUUGCCGUUGACGACCGCAGACGCGUCACUGGAGGCGGCAGGUGUUGGGUUGCCGGAGCAGCCGCGCAUCAACCGUCGGAAAAAACAUUUCACCGCAGAAAAAAAGAAAUGAAUAAGAGGCCAGUAGCUCGAUCACUUGUAAAAAUAUGCAAGUCAGUCCUUAAAUAUUAUAAAUGCACCCGCUAACUGAAAAGGCGCAAGCUAGCUGUGAUAAAAAUGUAGGUUUUUUUUUUUUUGUUUUUUUUUAGCAAUUUACUGUUGGGUCAUUGAAAGAUCAAGGCUGGCUUGCAACUUGAGACUUUUGCGCAAUACUUCCUUCGCUCCAGUUAUGCUUGAAAGUAUGAAACUUAUCAUCAAUAACUCUUGAAACUCUUCGGAGCACGUUUUUAACCCUACCUGCGUCAAGUUUAAAAAAAAAAAAAGUGGAAAUGCUCAAGAACGACGUGGCCGCUUUGUGUUUUGGGAGCCGAACAAACAAGACUUUAGAGCAAAGCGCCGUGUCAGCACUUUUUCAAGGCCGCAGCUGGGAAUCGUCCUCCCCGUGCCUCGCCCCCUUCCCCCCUCCCGCACGUGCACCACGCUGGGUCGACGUGCAGUAUGCGCUUGGCAGGAAGUGCAGUGUCAUGUUCGCAAAAAAAGGCCUUCCUCCUUUUUGUGUGUCGCCGGGCAGAGUUGAGCAAACUCCGAUGAUGGCAGAACCGGUCCAAUUCAUGCAAAAGGAAACUUUUUAUUUAUGAUUCCCCCCCACCACACACACACACUUUGUAGAUGCAAAGUUUAGCUUAGUUUAGGCUUAGGGUGAAGCUCAUUGGUCACUUUCAUUAGGGACACCUGCGCAAGCUAAUGACUGCAUUGCAUCAUAUUAAUAAGCGCUCAGGCUAAUAUUUUUUAGCAUUAGCAUAAUUUGGAGAGAUACAUUGAAUGAGCAAACAGACAAAAAGUUUAAUCAAUGAUCUGUAUUACUAAAUACAUGUAUUUAUACUAAUACACAGUACACGAAAACGUAAAAUUAUGUUUUUUUUUUUAUAUUUUUUUUAAACAAUUGGAUUGUUAUGAAGGAGAUGUUAAGAAAAAGCAUGUUUCUAUUUAUUAGAAUUUUUGUCAUUGAAAGUCAUUAAAUGUACGGCAAUCAUUUCUCUGGGGUUGAAUCUUUAUUAUUUCUUAAAAUUUAGUGAAAUGUAUUUUUUUAUUAUUGUGGCAAGC